AUGAAGAAGAAGCUAAGAUACUUUCUAUUAUCAAAUAUACUUUCAACCUUGUUUCAAAUGAAUAAUAUAGAUGUACAGAUAGAUCCUCAACGAGAAGAGAGAUUCCAUUUGUUUCCGGAAGAAAGGUUGAAAGUUGUGGCCAUUCUUGGAGGAUGUGUUGGAGGUAUGCAAGGAUUUUAUCUGGGAGUAAAGAUUGCAUCAUUAAGAUACUUGACAGAAAAUGGUCAUAGAUUACCAACUAAAGUUGGAGGAUGGUAUUUUUAUCAUAAAAAGAAGAAUUAUGUGAUGCUUGUUAAUGGUAUACGGCUGGCGUGUGUACUGGGAGGCAAAAUGUCUUUGGCAGUAACUGGAUUCUUUGGCUUGGAAUAUGCCAUUGAUCGGUAUGUACGUGGAGGUACCAUUGAUCUUGCCAAUACUACCGCUGCAGCCAUGAUUUCUGGAGCUAUAUUCGGGGUCUAUAAUGGGUUAAGUCGGAUCCAAACCGUCAAGUACGUGAAACAGGGUGCAAUCCUUGGACUCAGUUUGGGUAUUUCUCAAGAUCUUAUGAUUUGGACUCGUGGUGGGAAAGUUUGGUAUAUGGAUAAAUUAGGGAUUUUAAAUCCAAGAUUCAAACAUGAAAGAGAGGUCCUUACUAAUUAA